ACAUGUGACUCAAUUGAGGAAUGCAGAAAAUUUCCCAUCAUGCACCCUGACCUUAACCGUAUGUUCUAUAUAGUAGCCCAGACACAAGUUAUGUUCAAACGUAACAAUUUUGUAUUAAUAGUAGACUGGACAUAGUAUAGUGCAUGUCCUAGUACUACAAGUUUAUAAGGUCAUAUUAGACUAGUACCCCGGACAAUUAUACAUAUUCUCAACAGGGUGUAUUUUAUUGGUGAUAUAUUUUAAACAUUUUCGUGUAAUUUUCCGCAAGUUUUGUACAUACAACGCGAAAUCAGAGUAUUUUAUCAUAUCGCUGCGUGUGCGUUUUCAUUUUAUAUGAAAAACAAUGGCUGAAAAAGAUGUGCCGCCACUUGAAUCACCGGAUGAAAAAUUUGUCUUGGGACAGGAGACUAACCCAGGGGAUGUCAAACCAAAGGAUAUCAGGAAAGCGAUGAUUGAUGACUUAGCCAAGGAACUAGAGGAUGAAGAAAAAGUUGAAGUACAAGAAAAGCUGAGAAUGAUAAAACUUGAAAGAGAACUUACAUCGCUGCAGAAAAAAUACAACAUGAAUCUUGACACAACAGUUCUUAAUACCAUGACUAAGGAACAUCAGGAAACAAGUCAGAUUAACUCAACUGAAACGAAACUUGUUUACAACAAACCUAAACUUCAGAAGUUCUUUGGAAAGACUGACGAAGAUGUCUACGACUGGUGUGAAGAUGCAAAAAUAGCAACAAAGAGUAUCAACAAGAAUGAUGAAAAGAUUGACUAUAUAAUCUACCACUUAGGACCAAAUCCACGGCGUGAAAUAUAUGAUUUAUCAAACAACCCAUCACCUGAGGAUAUCUACAGAACAUUGAAGAGAGUGUUUGGUAUCGUAGAAUCACCACACAAAUCAAUGACUGAGUUCUACACAAGGAAACAAAACCACAAUGAAACCAUAUCACAGUAUACACAGUCGUUGAUGAAGCUGAUGGACAUCGUAAAACAAAGCCAUGAACACCUAGAAGGAGAUAAAUUACUGAAGGAACAACUGAUAGUAGGAGCCUAUGAGCCUAAACUAAGAUGGGAACUUCAGAGAAUAUCAGAUUUGAACAAUAACAUCACAUUUCACCAACUGAGAGAAAUUGCUUUCAAAUUUGAGUUGAAUGAAAAUGAGCAGCGGAAAGUUUCUUCAAGUGCAGUUAGCUCAAGAGACAAUGACUCAUCACUACAAAUUACACUACAAAAGAUUUUGGAUAAACAGGAAAAGAUCGAGAAGGAGAUCAACCAUCUUAAGCGAAAUAACAAUGACAACUCUGAAAAUAACUCAAACAAUUUCAACAACAAUGGCUACCAAAGAAACUACCACAACUUUAGGGGUCAGAAUAACUUCAACAAUGGAUUUGGUCGAGGACAGAACAGGGGUCAGUACAACAACAGAAGGGGUUCUGGCAGAUCUAGAGGAUUUAACUACAAUAGAGGAGGAUACAACCAAUUCAACAACAAUCAAAGUAACCAAAACAUAGACAACCAGAGUAAUACAGAAGCCACAUCAAACGAAGUGAUAACAAAUGUAACAGCAGAUACAACUAUUCAUCCAAACAUGGAAAAGAUUGUUGGAAAAACACCAGUAUGGAAUAUAAAAAAAGGAGAAAUUCAAACAACUGGAGUAAUGGAUUCCGGCAGUAGUGUCACCCUGAUGUCAUUAGAAUUCUAGGAGAAACACUUCAACAAAGAACUUCAACAAUUUCAAAUGCUGGAUCUCAAAGCUGCGAACAAUCUCAAGAUACCAUAUAAGGGUCU